UUUCAAAAUGUCAGCUUCCAUGAAAAUUUAGAACAUUUUAUAAAAUUUCUUGUUAAACGUUUUGCACGUGUUUCAAAUCGUAUUACUGCACAAUGUUUGCCUCCAGCGAUAGAGAUUAUCAUAUUGAAUACGACAGCCCCAUAGAAGCAUCUGAUAGUUCGGAUGAUGAGAUCCACAUGUUCCUUCAUGGCACACCCGAGCAAAAGCGACGAAUCAGACGCCGAAGUUUGGGACAACCAUCAUCUAGUGAUGAGGAUGACUUUGAGAAGCAAAUGGAUCAAGAGUUGACGGCAACUGUGUUAGGAUUGGAGAAAAGGCGCAGAGAAAUUAAAGAAGCAUCUGACAGUGAAGCUGAGGCUCCUGGGACAAGUAAUGGAGCAGUGGGAGGACCUGCAAAAGAUGGAACAGCAAAAACUGUUGCAGAAGAGUUUUACGAUGAUAUUUACUUUGACUCUGAUGAUGAAACUGAAGGAUCUAAAAAGAAACAGCCGAAGAUGACCAACGAUGAUCUCCUCUAUGACCCUGAUCAGGAUGAUGCAAACCAGAGAUGGGUAGAUGCUCAUAGAUCUCAUGGAGCACCAGUAGGGCCAUCUGGUGACAAGAAAAAGACUCGUGCAGCUCCCUCUAGUGAUGCAGUGUUGGACUGCCCUGCAUGUUUAACAACAUUAUGUAUAGACUGUCAGAGGCAUGAUAUAUACAAGACACAAUACAGAGCUAUGUUUGUAAUGAACUGUUCAACAAACUUCACGGAAAUCCUAAGAUAUCCUGCUGAAAAAGUGAACAAAAAACUUAGUAAACGACAAAAAAAGCUUAACAAAAAUAAAAAGAAAGACUCACCAGAUGCAGCUAGUGUUUUAACAGAUGGACAACAGAAUCAAGAUGACAAUUCAAUGGUAAUAGAUGGCCCUAGUGGUAGUACUGAAGCAGACGACAGUGACAAAGUACACCCAGUGACAUGUUCAGAAUGCAAUACAGAAGUUGGCGUGUAUGAUUCAGAUGAAGUUUACCAUUUUUUCAAUGUAUUGGCAAGCUAUAGUUAACUAUAAUAUAAUACUAUUAUCUCCAAUGAUUGGUGUCUCCUUUCAACUAGUUUAUGGGGACCUGAUUAGAAUUAUUUUUCUUAUAUCAUCAUAAUCAACCAUGCAAAAAGGCCUCGGAGAAGGAGAAAUAGUUCAUAAGGGAACACAAUUUUAAAAAUUUCUGUACUAUUUAUAGCUUGCCAAUUCCUAUUAACAAAAUGGGAAAUUCAAGGACAUACUAGUAUAUUUGUAAUUCUCAUCCUAAAUAACUUUAAAAUAUUUUUUUAUAUUUAUAACAGUAUCAUAAUGUUACUUACACCAUCAAUAAACUUGGAUAUAAACCUACUCUUCUAAAAAGAAGAAUAGAAGUAUUUGCACUUUUACAAUUUUAAAAGGCAAUCCAGUGAUGUUCAACAUAAUCUAAUUCUCCAUGUCCUUGUCAAUAUAUUUGUAACAUCCCUGGGUUUAGAGAGGGAAUAUACUAGAUGAGUCUAUGGUUAAUGAAUUUACAAUGUACAUGUAGUUACAAUGUAUGUAAAAAUAAAUAUUUUUA